AUGGACGAGAUUAGCGAAGCGGCUCGCCAAAUCUCGCUGGCCCUGAGAGAUCGCGAGGUGCUGCUUAAUAUUCAGCUCGUGACAUCAACAACCUGCCCCCGCAUCUACGCGGUCGCCCUGCACCGGUCCCUGCCCAAGUCCCGGCGCGAGUCCCUGCCCAAGCCGCCCAACCUCGUCGUCUCGCACCAGCGCAGUGCGACCACUACUGGACAGAACGGUUGGAGGACCGCGUCUGCGACCUUUGCCACGACCGACUAG